GCAUCUUUCAAGAGAACAACGUUCGGCGCAAACGCCGCUCACUUUUCACAGAAUGGUAUCGGUUCAACCUGCAUCAGAGCAGAAAAUGGGUCUUAGGUUCGAGCCAAUGUUUUCGCAGGGGGACUUGUCUUCACCUUGUUACAUGCCGUAAAAAUUAAAAUUAAGUUAUAAUCUCACGUGCCAAAACCACUACUUGCCUUCCCGACCAGGAAAAUAACAUCUGCGGCAACGUAAUGCCGUGCAACAGCAGAAAUAUGGCGCGAUAGAACCGACUGUCCAAGCCUAGACGAGUCAACGCAAGCCCUUCAAAGCUGUAUGCUUCAAAGAAUGCGUCGUAAGUAGCAAAAAGCAAUGCAAGAUGUUUCCGGUCUACAGGACGGCGUUCACCUCCGUUUGAUCAGCCAUGCUCGCGUACUUCGCACGUGACAGCCAUUCUCGACAACAGCAGAUCAUCAUCAUGAAGAGCUAUACAGAAGAAGAAGAUCGCGCUCUACAGGGUUCCGUGAAGUGUAGUGCCGAUGAAGCACAACUACAAUCCUGACGACGACGGCGUCGAGAGGACGCCCUGCAGGCGCUGCCCGUGCCGGUUACCUCGGUACGACACCGUGGCGUUUCUGCUGUUGCACGCCGGCUACGUGUCCCAGUGGGCGUUCGACUACCGCUUCUACCAGGCUCAGGGCCUGUCCCUUUCCGACGUGAGCCUGGUCGUGGCUGUCCAGCAGGUGGCGUUCGUGCUCGGUCGUGUUUUUCCCCUCACCCGAAUGCCCUGUCCGUCUUGGAGGUUGUUCUGCGUACGCGUUCCGAGAGACCUGCUGCCUUUCGCCCCGUCGGCGUUGAUCGUCACUACUGUCGCCAAGGCUCGAGGUCACUUCUACGCGGCGGCCGCCACGCAGGGUUUCCUGGUCUCUGUCAUCGCGGAGGCGGUCUGCCCCAGCGACAACGUUGGAAUCUCCGUCUGGCAGGGUUGCGCGAGCCACGCCAUCUGGACGCUGGUGGCCGUGCAAGUGGACAUGCUGCGCUUCGACAUCGGCACCGUGUAUCAGACGGCGGCCGGCUGUUACGCGGGCGCUGUCCUCUGCCUAUUACUGGUUGGCCGUUCGGGGAGAAGGCGAUGUUGCUCGUCCCUGGCGAAGAGGGCGUUCGAGAAUCGGGAGGCGAUGGAAAGCAGUGAUGAAGAGGACGACGACGACGGCGACUCCUUGUCCAGCUCUCGCGCUGCGUCACCGUCGCCGCGUGUUUACGGCCAAUCUCUUAACGCGAGGCUUUUGUGGCUGGCCUUCUACUCGGAGAGUACCAGCCGCGUCGCCAUGAGCGUGAGCAGCGUGUCCGUGCAGACGACCGCCAUCGUGGCCCGCGUCGCCUUCCCUGCGGUGGUGGAGAUACCGUGCUUCCAAUACGUGCCUUCUUUGCCCGUGAUGCUCGUUGCCAGGCUGUGCUUGGAGCAGUUGGCCGCGAGCCAGGCCGUGCGCUGGCACCAGCCGUGCGGCCGUUGGAUGUUCCUCUUCAGCGGCUACAUGGUGGGCUCGAUGGCGCUGCUCCUGCACUUCCAGAGCUACAUCCAGCCGGGGGAUGAGUGCGCGCUGCACAUGAUGCUCGCCUACGCCACGUCACUGUCAUCUGCCGCCGGAACCGCGAGGCCCGCCUGGGAGACGCACCUGGCAGGCUUGCUAUCGGCGGCCAUAUUGACGUGGCCUGUCGGUCAGCUGGGUCAGUUCGACGCCGCGCUCGCCUGGGCGUCGCUGGUUCUCAUGCUGGGCUGCUUCGCGGCCGCCGCCUCCUUUGCCUCGUCUGCUUUUAAACCCGCCGGAGUGAGCGUCAGCGUUCGACGCAAACGCUUAGCUCGCUGACGAUUCUCCUGACUUCAUCCACCUUCGAGUACUUCGCUUGCGAGAGUUGCCGCCGAGAAAAAACGGCAAAUGGCCGGCUCUUGUCAUUGUCGUACGUUGUUAUUAAAUAUUGUUGUUAAACACCUGCA